GCACGGAAUUCCAGGGAGGAAGUCACUGAGAUUGGAAAACGAACAACAACUGAAAAAGGUGCCAAGAAGUUAAAAACUAAACCCUGGAUACGUGACGAAAUCGGAAUAAGGCAUUUCCUCGCCUGGAACAGUAGACACAUCUUAAGUUUGGAGUAUGGACUAGAGGCGCCGGGUCGCAGCAGAUGGAGGCGGCGAGAAGUUUGCUGUUUGUCGGGGCCGUGCUGCUCGCAGCGACGGGAGCGCUGGGAAGGGAAGUAUGCCUGGGUACAGACAUGAAGCUGGACCUCCCCUCCAGCCUGGAAAAUCACUACGAGACCCUGAGGCUGCUCUACACCGACUGCAAGGUCGUCCAUGGCAACCUGGAGAUCACACACCUUAAUGGAAACCCGGACCUCUCCUUCCUACAGGGGAUCGUGGAGGUGCAGGGCUAUGUACUUGUAGCUCAUGUGUCGGUGAGUCUGUUGCCUUUGGACAACCUUCGCAUCAUCCGAGGCAGCCAGCUGUACAACUCCAGCUACGCCCUGGCUGUGCUGGAUAACACUGUGGGCGGAGCGGGGCUCAGGACGCUGCGGCUGCGGAGCCUCACAGAGAUCCUGUUGGGAGCUGUGUAUAUUUGGGGGAACCCCCAGCUGUGCUUCCCAGACCCCCACAACAUCGUUUGGAGGGACACGUUGGAUGAGCACAACACGAACGCCAGAGAGCACCGACUGCAGGGUCGGGCUCCCCAAUGUCCCAGUUGUGACUUGGUUUGUGGGAAAAGCUGCUGGGGAGAAACUGCACAGGACUGCCAGAGCUUGACACAGACAAACUGUGCGUCUGGCUGUCAGCGCUGUAAAGGUCCCGAUCCCCAUGACUGCUGUCACACACAGUGUGCAGCCGGAUGCACAGGACCCAAAGACUCAGACUGCCUGGCUUGCCGUCACUUCAACGACAGCGGGGUGUGUAAGGGGAACUGUCCUCCUCCCAACAUCUACGACACUGUCAGCUUCCAGAGCAAACCCAACCCAGACAAGAAGUUUAACUUCGGAGCCACGUGUGUCAAGACCUGUCCCUAUAACUACGUGGCUAUGGAAGUAGCUUGUACUUUGGUUUGUCCCAAAGCCAACCAGGAAGUUAUCGUCACCAGCCCUGAGGGAAACGAGCUGCAGAAAUGUGUAAAGUGUGAAGGAGACUGUCCCAAAGUGUGUUACGGUCUGGGUAUGGACAACCUCGGUGUCAUGGACAACCAAAGCGUCACCUUGGUAACAUCUACUAAUGUGGAGCAGUUCAACAAGUGCAAGAAAAUAUUUGGCAGUUUGGCUUUCCUCCCUCAGAGCUUUGCCAGGGACUCGGCGAGCAACACCUCAGGCCUGACCCUCGAGCAGCUCAGCUCCUUCAAGUCACUGGAGGAGAUUACAGGAUAUUUGUACAUCGAUGCCUGGCCAGAAGAGUGGACUGACCUCAAUGUGUUCGAGAACCUGAAGGUGAUCCGAGGCAGGAUGCUCUACAAGGGUGUGUUUUCCCUCGCCAUCCAGAAUCUGCACAUCCGGUCUGUUGGGUUGCGUUCACUGCGCAGCGUCAGCGGAGGUUUGGUUCUGUUGCACAAUAACUCCCAGCUGUGCUACACCAGUUCCCUGCCCUGGGGAGGGCUCCUGCAUCCCACCCAGGGACCCCACCGCAUCGUCAGCCUGAACCAGGAUGCCAAACUCUGUGAGACAGAGGGGCGUGUUUGUCACCGGCUGUGCAAGGGGGGCUGCUGGGGCCCGGGGCCAAACCAGUGUGUGUCCUGCAGGGCUUUCCAACGCAGCACUGAGUGCGUGGAUCAGUGUGACAUCUACCAGGGGUCUAUCCGUGAAUACGUAGCGGAGUCUCAGUGUGUUGCUUGUCACGCAGAGUGUCGACCUCUCAAUGGCUCCGCCUCCUGCCAUGGCCCGGGUGCAGAGCAUUGUUCAGAGUGUAGAAACUUCCAGGACGGCGAGUUCUGUGUGGAUCAUUGUCCGAGCGGUGAGAAGGAGGAUCAGCAAACUGUGUGGAAGUACAGCAAUGCCUCAGGACACUGUUUGUCCUGCAACAUCAACUGCACACUGUCCUGCACGGUGAUGGAUGAGAGGGGCUGCCCCAUCGAUAAAAGUCCAGGACCGGGUACAACCAUCGCGGCUGCAGUGGGUGGAGUGGUGCUCUUCUUCAUCCUGCUGGCCCUGCUGGUCUUCUACCUAAAGAGACAAAAAGUGCUCAAGAAGAAGGAGACGUUGAGGAGGAUCCUGCAAGAACACGAGCUGGUGGAGCCUUUAACGCCCAGCGGCGCGUCGCCAAAUCAGGCUCAGAUGCGUAUUCUGAAGGAGACGGAGUUGAAAAAGCUCAGGGUGCUCGGUGCCGGGGCCUUCGGUACCGUUUACAAGGGUGUGUGGGCUCCUGAAGGGGAAAUUGUGAAAAUACCAGUGGCCAUCAAGGUGUUACGAGAGAACACGUCAACUAAGGCCAAUAAGGAGAUCCUCGACGAGGCCUAUGUGAUGGCAGGAGUGGCCAGCCCCUUCGUGUGUCGCCUGCUGGGGAUCUGUCUGACCUCCACGGUGCAGCUGGUCACUCAGCUGAUGCCGUACGGCUGCCUGCUCGACUACGUCAGGGAGAACAACGACCGCAUCCGCUCCCAGUUCCUCCUCAACUGGUGUGUCCAGAUCGCCAAGGGGAUGAGUUAUCUGGAGGAUUUGCGGCUGGUCCACAGAGAUUUGGCCGCCCGUAAUGUCCUGGUCAAAAACCCGAACCACGUGAAGAUCACCGAUUUCGGUCUCGCUCGGCUGCUCGACAUUGAUGAGACCGAGUAUCACGCUGACGGAGGAAAGGUGCCGAUUAAAUGGAUGGCCCUGGAGUCUAUCCUGCACAGGAAGUUCACUCACCAGAGCGACGUCUGGAGCUAUGGCGUGACGGUGUGGGAGCUGAUGACGUUUGGAGCUAAACCGUACGACAUGAUCCCAGCGAGAGAAAUUCCCGAGGUGUGAGGAGGAGAACGGCUCCCCCAGCCUCUCAACUGCACCAUCAACGUCUACAUGAUCAUGGUCAAAUGUUGGAUGAUUGACCCGGACAGCAGACCGAGGUUCACAGAUCUAGUGCAUGAUUUCACCGUCAUGGCCAGGGAUCCUUCUCGCUUUGUAGUCAUCCCGAAUGAAGAGCACAUUAGCCUGACCAGCCCUGUGGACAGCCAGUUCUACCGGAUGCUUAUGGAGGAGGAAGGGAACAACAUGACGGAGCUGCUGGAUGCUGAGGAGUAUCUGGUGCCUCAGCCCAACCUCUUCCCCAGGAUGCAGGGAGACGUGGCUCAGGCCAACGGGCCCUCCAGACACCAGUCGUACAGGAGCAGAGAUCAGGGCUUGGAUGUGGAGCCUUCCAUCGCCGGUGGCUCUCGCAGCAUGUACUCCUCCCUGAGCGCUCUCGGCCGUGGCCAGUACCCCACCUUACCUCUAGGACCCAGCGCCUCCAACGGUGUAUGGGUUCCUCAGUACCCGACGCUGGCUCGCAGCCCCUCAACCGGGGGCCAAUCUGACUCUGUGUUCCUAGAGGACCCUGGGGAUGACCCCUCGCUGCCCCCGGCCAGCCCCGGGCGCUACUGCAAAGACCCCACCUACUCCAACGGGAGCCAGGGCGACCUGGAGACUGAUGGGCCGAACGGCUUCCAACACUCCCACCCCUUCCAUUACUCGCUGCCCAGACGGAGUCAUGGAUAUAAUCAGAGUCCAGCCCUGCCAGAGUACGUCAACCAUCAGAUCCAGGAUCUCAGACCGGGGAUUCCCGAUCGGCCGAGCACGCUGCCCCGUAAAGGCUCCAGAGUAGACCGACGCCUCCCCAACGGCCUGCACUCGGGGCACAGCGUGGAAAACCCGGGGUAUUUGGUCCCAGUGAUCACCGGGGGCCCCAUCUCUCCAGCCUUUGACAACCCGUACUAUCUGGACCUCGUGGCCAAAGCUAACGCUGUAGCUGCCGCAGGGGAGGGCCUUGAGUCACCGGAGAGAGACGGAGGAGGGCCCAGGCAGCAGAACGGGUUUAUGGCCUCAACGGCAGAGAAUCCAGAGUAUCUUGGACUCGCGGACACGUGGAGUGGACAUACCUGAGGAGAGGGAGAAAUGUGACGACCUCGAGGGGAAUCACAGCUUGUGUUCUACUGAGGGAAACGAGGAGCGAGAGAAAGGAAAGAUAUGUGUGUGUGUGAGCUGGGUGUGUUAUAUUUGGAACAUUAGGUGCAUGUGUGACUGAAUCAUGCACCUGAAUCAUAACCGGUCGAUGUCGUCCGGGGAGAGUCACCAAAUGCCCCAGCUGUGACACACCAACACAGUGUAGCAUUAAUCUGGUGUCUGUGGCGUCUUGUAUUCCUGUCUUCCUCUCAAUCUGUCCUCUCUAUGUGAAUGUAAAGUGCCAAAAAAAAGAAGUUCCCUCCACCUCUGAGUAUAAUGCGGUACUCGAUAAGCAAAGGAGUUCACAUUUGUGCAAACACAACAAGGUACAAGAGUCUGAUGUCACACAAUCCAACAUUUGACUGUUGUUUAGACUUUAAUGUAUGUGGUUGUUUAUACUACAUAUGAAGCAUUUCUCUGUUCCCUUCAGUUCCCUCGUGCGAUACGUCAUGACUCAGCCCAGCUAAAAAGAGAGAAUAGUACACGUUGACAAAGUGAGUUGUAUUGAAAGUGGUAUUUAGUAUUCUGGUCACUUUGUCUCUGACCUGAUGGGGGUCUUCAAUACACUCAAAGCCAUUUUGUUUUGGCCAGAGAGUGCCCAGCAGCCCAUCUGGCCAGUAAGCAUGCUGCCUGAAAGAAAGGCAUCCUGUAUGGAGAAGACAGAGGCAUUGUGUGUGUGUGUGUGUGUGUGUGUGUGUGUGUGUGUGUGUGUGUGUGUGUGUGUGUGUGUGUGUGUGUGUGUGUGUGUGUGUGUGUGUGUGUGUGUGUGUGUGUGUGUGUGUGUGUGUGUGUGUGUGUGUGUGUCUGUGUGUCUGUGUGUCUGGGCUGCAGCUACUUUGUGGUACGACCCCUGAGAUACGAGAGCUGGGAAACCCUCAGAAAUGAUGUGUUUGUUUUAACAACAAAGUGUUCUUAUUGCUAAGUGAGAGCCAACAAGGGAUUCUUUUUUAAAUAAUUAGGGAAUAUUUUGUGCAUUUUGAAUCCUGCACAGCGCACUACGUGGCAGGAUGCUGCAUGUGUCCCCCCCCAGGCUUGUGUUAUUACAAUGAGCCUUUUGAUGUUGGUGUCCUUUUACUGUGCAAAAGAAACGCACUACAAGCUAUUGAUGAGUAAAUUCAACAAGAAGAGAAGAGUGUGUAUGUAUGUAUGUAAACUCUCUGGUUUGCUCCCAUUUAUGGAGCAAACAGCAGUUCUGCUUUCUUGUGUUGUUUGUGUAAAAGGAAGCGACGCACUGGAGCUGAAUCUCAGGAGGCAGAGACAUUGCUCCGCUGGGUCUGGAUAAUCAAUGCAUGGCUAAAAUUCCACUCAGAGUGAAGACACUAAGCACCCAGUUAAUAAUCAACAGCAUUUUUAUUUUUUCAUGUUAGCUGGUGUACGAGCUGGGGAUGGUCAAACAAGCUUCAAUGGAGCCAUUGUGUCACCCUCCAUGUUGGAAACUCAGUGCUCUCCGACUCGUGCGUCCCAACCACGGCUUGCAAAGAAAGUGUUUAGGGUCUUCGAAAUCCCGAAACAAGUCUUGAAAAACUGACUGGGUUGUUGAAAUGCGUACGACCCUCCAUCAACACAUCUGUUUCUACUCUGAAAGUCUUUUAUCUUGAUGUUCUCAUACGGGUGUUGAAGAGUUUUGCUCCAGAAAAAGGAUCCCUAAAGUGAUUUUAUAUAACAACUUCUUACAGAAAUAUAACGUGUUUUUCUAAAAACUUUAUUUUAAUACUCAACUAUCACCUAUACUAACAACAUCAGGAAUUAAUUUGGAUAUUGUGAUAGGACUCGUGUCACAGUUUGUAUAAAUAUGUGUAUAUAUAUAGAUAGUGGUUUGGAAAUGAAACCCUUCACAUUUAAUGUUGCUGUCAGGUGAAGACCUCACAUCUCCAAACGAAAAAAUACUUUAGAUUGAUGAAAAGAGUUUUCUCUGACGUUACAACCAUUAAAAUAAAUCAAAAGGUUACGCCCAAGGUCCUUUUGUGCUACACAGAAUCCUUAAAACUUCAGUGAGUAACAACUGAAAUCCUUUACUGAGCUGUGUGAACAAAUUUGGGAGACAGGGGAUUACUAUUGGUCAUUUAAGAACUACUAAAACUGGAAAAAUCGCAUCUGGAGAUACAAGGUUUUCACACGAUGUAAGAAUGCAGCUCACAGACGUCCUGGCUUCCUUGAGAAUGUGAUAUUUUUUUCACGGAUAUUCAUAGACCUUCUAUACAAUCACUAUUGAUGUACUGGUGUCUACACUGUAGUGUCUUCAUGUAUAAAAUGUUCCUUUUACAUGAUGUGGCCUAACAUGACCAAUAGCUCUCAGAGAUGAGGGCCUGAUCAUCCUGCUGUUCUCCUUAAAAGCACAUGAGUCCUUUCUUUCUGUUUAUGUAGAAAAAACUGUUCUUUUGUACUAAAAGCAGGCAUAUCCGGAGAGCUGACUCUUGUUGUGGGUCUGUUAGCUUGGUUUAUGUUAACGUCAAAUCUUCUCUGGCAAAAUGUGGAAAGAGUAAAAAGGUUGUUUGUCGCUUUUUAAAUUGUGAAGCAUAACCUGAAUGAGAAUGAGGCCUGUAACCGUUCUGUACGUUUGUUAAAGAUCGACAAAAGUCUGUUAAAAAGUCUCAAAUGUGACCGAAGUAAGAACCUGCAUGUUUUUAUCCAGAAUUAAGCCCAGAAGGAAAGAAGGAACUAAUGAGUGUGCUGAAGGUUUUAUAAAAUGAAAUACCUGUAAUUUACAUUUUGAAGAAAAUGUAUCUUUUUUACUCUUCAUGUGAAUAUUUUUUUAACCGUUCACAGUGUGUGAGACAGGACAUGAAUAAUAAUAACCAUGUCUUUGGGAGAUUUUUUUUUUUUUAAUGUUUCCUUUCUUAUUUGGUCAGUGAGUUGCAUAAUGUAAAUGUGUAGUGUAUAUAAAUAAAAACAAUCACUUUGGUAGCUAAUUUGAUUGAAUACAUUGUGACCAGUGGCUCUACUGUGGAGGGAGGCGGGAGUUAUAUACAUAAGAAAAUAAUUUAUGAAGAAAUGGUCAUUUUAUGUGUAAUUGUUUGCAUACAUUGUGUGUCUCAUUAAACUCAUACCAACAACUUAAA